AUGGUUUUGCAUGAGGAGCAGGAGUUAGCACAGCCAGCAGCUCCAGGAGGUCCCGCUCCGCCUUUCCAGGCUGUUGUGGGACUCAGGCGCCCUACCAACACCAUGCACGCUGUGGGCCUGCAGCCCUUAACUCUGGAUGCUCCUAAAAGGGUGAGUUCAGGAAUCAGUAGCCAAGUAUCCUCUAGCUGCAGAUUGCCUACUAAAGGGCAGCUGCUCAGACGAGACCACAGGCAUAAUUUAGAGGCUGAACCCACUAGCAACUCAGAUUACAUUAGCCAGAUGAAGCACCCAAUGGUUACAGCAAUGCUGGUAGUACUGGUGCAGGUUUCUCAGAGUUUCCCUGCUUUAUACCACCGAGGCUGGUGGAGACUGUUAAGGGAAGCAGAUAGUUGUGGAAAAUGCAAUAUGGCACUUUGUACUGAGCCUAAAGACUGUCCAGCUGGGACUGUAUUGGACCGUUGCGGCUGCUGUCUUGAGUGUGGGAAUGUGGAAGGUCAGAUCUGCGACCUGGACCAGGGCAAUCAUUUUUAUGGGCAAUGUGGGGACAACCUCGAGUGCAGGUUGGAUGCUGAUGAAGCAAGGUUCGGGGAAGUCCCUGAACCCCAGUGUGUGUGCAAGUCUCAAGAAAGCAUCUGUGGACCUGAAGGGAAAACCUACGAGAACAUCUGUCAAUUCAACAAGGCUUAUGCUACAAAAAGAAAUACCAGCAUGAAACACAAAGGGCCAUGUGAAUCAGCUCCUGUUAUUUCUAUGCCACCUCAGGAUGCCCAGAAUUACACAGGAAAUGAUGUCAUUUUCGGCUGUGAGGUGUCAGCCUAUCCUAUGCCACAUCUUGAAUGGAAAAAAAAAGGGAAUAAAAUGUUCCUGCCAGGAGAUGAUACCCACCUCUCAGUACAGGCAAGAGGUGGGCCUCAGAAGUAUGGUGUGACAGGCUGGCUGCAGAUUCAAGGCCUCAAAAAAUCAGAUGAAGGUGUUUAUAUCUGCCACACCAAAAAUAAGUAUGGUGCAACAUACGCCUCUGCAAGAUUGAAAGUCACUGAUGGCUCAUCUCCUGCAUUUGCUGACAGUAGAAGUGCAAGCUACAGCGUUGAAUAUGGGGAGUAUUAUGACCAUUCUGAUGAGGAAGAUGAUGAAGAAUAUGAAUCAGGGGACUAUGAAAAUUGAAACAACUCUGAAUAAUAAUCUUUAUACAUCUGCUGUCCAAUACCUUUCAUACUCUGUUACAUCUACUAGUAGUCUCUGUGCUGCAAAUGGCUCCACUGAUAAUACACAUACUCACUUCUGUAUCCACCUUCCUGAAAUUCAACUUUGGCUGCAGUGUAUCAUGGUACUGACAAGAAAUAAGAGCAGUUGUAAAUCCAUGCAUUCAGACUGUUGAAUAAAAUCCUUAAACACACACCUGUCUACAAAGUAUACUGAAUGGAUCACAUUUUAUGUUCAUUUUUAAGAUGUAAAUUGUAAUUUCUUUCAAGCCUUCUGUCUGGAGAAAAUGUUCAUAGUUUAAAAACAAACAAACAAACAAACAAAAACCCAAACCUUGUAUCAAUUCUUUUUUCUAUAAUGUAUUUAGAAAUAUCAAAAGAUUGUUCAUGUGGCAACAAGCCUAAAUGUGAAGGCUGCAAAACGGUCUUCAGUCUCUUUAGUCUAUCUUUUAUCCUAAGUUUCAGCAAGAUUUUCCUUCUUAUUUGAAAUUUUCCAUCAUUAGUCUCAUCAAGGGCAAGUUCUCUCUCUGUUGGGGGUUAUUUUGAUUACUUUUAAUAGAUACAUGAAGCAAUGACAGUCUAAAGCAACUGCAGAGUUUUACUAGCACUAUUCACAAAUACUCAGAAAAGGUUUCUUGUGCACUCAAUCAGAUGAGCAUGCCUCUGGCUCUGAAUUAAUGGAUGAUGGAAGAUACUAAGUUAUGAAAACCACUUUUGGGAGGCAGUUAUACCUACUGGUGUCCAUUGGCUGAGGAUGAAUGAAUAGCAGUAAACUAUUGAAUGGUGUUAAUGUUUAAGGAAUUAAAAGUUCAGGCAUCUGCAUGCAAAGUCUCAGAAUUUCCUCUCAUCUUUAUCCAAUGCACAAAAGUCAUUACUGGAUGCACUGAGGUAAUUUAAAUUAAUGGUGUUAAGGAAGCUUUAAAGGUAACCUGACUGUAUGCAUAUACCUACAGCAUAGAUUGUUUUAAUGUAUAUACAGUGCAUCACAAAUUUUCUUUAACACGCUGGCUGGUUUGUGCUUUUUUGCAACUAGGCAGAUUUUUCCUUUCACUUUGAGUUAGAUAAAGAGAUUGGCUAUAGACUGUGUUUGCCCUGAGGUACUAUUGAUCUUUGUCCAGGUAGCAAACAAGCAAAGAAGAAUCUAUUUUGUUUUAGAUUUCCUGGAGUAUUGUCAACUCAUGAGCAGAAAGUAUGCCACUGUGUCACUGAAAGGAUUCAUUAGUUUCAUUCGAAGUAUGAAAUGGCUUCAUAUUUAACUACUGAUUCUGCUGUUACUGGCUCUUCCUGCUCUUCUUAGUGACAGGCCCAGUAACUUUUUUUGCUUAUCCACUGUGUAUUAACUUAAACAUAAAAUUGUGUUAGUAAAAAUCACUGAAAGUUUUUUAAGCGGUUUUUGGUUUUGUUUUGUUUUGGUUGGUUGGUUGUUUUUUUUUAUGGAACUAUUUAAUCUGCAGACAUAUACCAGAUCAAGUGUAAUCUGUAUUGCAAAUGAAUUCAUUAGAUUACUAAACCAGUCACUAAACUGUUGCAAUAUACAAUGGAUAGUAAGUGGCACAGAAAAUAAUUUUGAAAUCAUUAGCCAUAGAAAGGAAUUAAAAUUAUUCAGGCUUUUUUGCUGUUGUUAAUGUAAAACGAAAACCAGAAAUAAAAGAAUGUUUGAAUGCGAAAGCUUGUAGCAGAACCAUACCAAAUGCCAGGCUGCGAGUGUUUGGAUGAUGGAGUACAUCUACUUGGAAAAAGCUAAGCUAACCUUCCCAGAACAAAGGGUUCUAAGUUAAAUAUACUGAAUUUGUCUCUCUAUGUAUAUUUUAAUAUAUUUAAUAAUUUGUUGCAAAUUAUCAGCCAUUUUUUAUCAGUAAGAAAACUGCAUUUUAGGAAAAAUCCUGAUGUGAUGCAAA